AUGGGGUUACUAAACAAGGAGGAUACAUUACAUAAAUCAGCAGCUUACACUAAUAUCCUCCACACAUCCGACAUAAUGAAUAACACUAAUUCUCAUGGAUUUAUGAGAGUUACCAGUAAUCAAUUUUUUAUACCUGAAUAUCUAAUUAACACAAGCAUGGAAGUAAUACGUACAAUUCGGUCAAGUGAGGAGUCGAAUAAUAAUAAUAAUGAACAAACAAUAAAUUGGACUGUUUUAUGCCUAACCAGUACAUUGAUAAUUCUGACAUGGCUGGCUAAUUGUAUUCUCCUCGGUGGAGCAUUACAAACAGCUGGUAAUGGGAAAAAUGUUCCUGUAGCUUAUUUUUUUAUCGGUUCACAAGCAAUAGGCGCUUUGUUGCAUGUUACACUAAAUUUACCACCGUCUAUUGUCAAUAUAUUAUUUGGCACUUCUCAAGUGAAUUCAUAUGUCCACAUAUUCUGUUUAUACUCAAUUUAUCUGGAUACACUAUUCUGUAAUCUAACCUUUCUACAAACAUUCUUUUCAAGUCUAGACGCUUAUCUACGACUAAAGAAUCCAAUAUUUUAUUUGUCUUCAGCACGUAGACGUCCAGCGUUAUGGUUGAAAAUUGGUUCUCCAUGGUUAAUGGCAAGUCUGCAAGCUAUCGGUCAAUUAGCUUUGAGUGAUCGACGUCAAGUUCGAUUGCAUAUGACAACACUAAAAGCAGUGACACCACCACAUCAAUACCAUCCUUUAUUGAUAUCCUCAUCGUCAACAUCGUCGUCUAUAAAUUCUAAUGAGAAAGUAUUCGACUCUGGUUUGAAUACAGCUUGUCUCUUGCCUGAUCCAAAUUUUUUGAUCAUACGAACUGUGAUCGCAUAUGCGCUACCGUUGAUUACUUGUCUUAUAUUAGUUAUAUUACAACUUCAUGGUCUACGUCGGCUGCGUCAUCACUCUUCUGAAAUGCUCAGUGCUUUAUUAAGUGUUCGUAGUAGAAGUACCAGUGAAUACGAACAGAUAAUGUACCCACAGAAUAGUUCCUUUUAUCAAAGACAUGAAAUCGCCAACACGAACAGACGAAAUCCAUCCAACUUUCAUAACUCUGAAUUAAUUUGGAAGGUAAGAGAUACACCAUCAAUUCUGAAUAAGUUGAAUUCGUCGACUAGUUCUUCACACACUAUAACACGCAAUCCUUGUAGACGUUUAUCAUUUAUGACAAAUUCUUAUCAUUUGGAUACAUCAUAUACAAAUGAGACACUGAUUCCAGAAAGUAAUCCAUCUAUGGAUCGAAUACAACAUUUAACUAAUCCUCCAUUGUCGACGAUCAUUUUGUCAACAGGUUAUAUGCCAAUUGAAAAUGUUAAUGAACUUCAAUUGAAUAAGACAACAUCAGUUCCUGUAUUUCAAUGUCCUGCUCAUGGAUGUAUAAGGGUGACCCAGUCCAUGAAUCCGUUAGCUGUAACUUGUAUUCCAGAAAGUUCUGAUCAACACACAAAAGAUAAUUUGUCAACUGUACAGAACACAUCAACAUCAUCCGAAAACCGUCAGUGUACUGAUCAUAAUGUCCGCGCAACAGAAUCUAUUCCCAUCUCAGUCACUGCUGUUAGCAGUACAAUUUCUGAUCCCCUGUGA